GAGGACCUUGCACCUCUGAGCCCUUGAUCAGCAUGACUGAGAGGGAGUCAUGCACUGGUCUAAUCAUGCUUUGCUCACCUCUUUCUUCUUGGCAGCCUGUGACAAUGAGCUCCACAGCUUCAUUUUGGUUUUAGCAAACAGAAGAAUCUUCUUUUUAACUGGUUUCUCAUGUUCCUUGCCAGUGCCUGUCCCUUAACAACCGCUUUUACAAUAGUCUCAAUAUUUGCAAGAGCUUGGAUGGGCACUGUUGGCGUCAGCAGCGGCUCUGUCUGAGGCACCUUCUGGGACAGGUUGAAGGCUGAAGAUCAUGAGAAGAGCCGCUGCCUGUUGGGUAGGCCCAACCAGGAAGGCCCCAGCGCACCAUCCCUUUCCUCUGCCAUCCAGCUUUGGCUCAGCCUCCCCCUGGCACACACCAGCUCCAACACGCCGCCCUUACCAGGAGCCCUGAGCCACAGCAGUGUCGAGACCUGCAAGAGCCCCACCGUGACAGGGACAGCCCAUCCCAGCGAAGGGUAAAAUGCUCUGUGGGUCUGGGAGCUUCGAGACUCGAUUUUAUCAACUUCAUCUUGACCACCACAGAGCCGGUGAUCCACUGGAAACAUGGGCGCUGGCAAGGAGCACCCCCGGCUGUGAUAGCCCUUCUGCCAGGGUCUGCAGGGAAGGGGUUUGUGGUAGGGGGCACAUCCUCAUCUUUCACAGGCAUCCUCGUCUGUCAGGGAAUUUUAAGCAAUAAUGAUGCUGAUACAAUGCAGCUGGGAGAGGGUGCCAAAGAGCAGAGCACUGUGUGGGGUGCAUGGGGAGGUUACGUCCCUGCCAUGGUGGUGGAGGGGUCGGCACCGCCUGCUGCUGCCCCCACAAGCCACUGUGUAAGGGAGAUGCUCUGUAUCCUUGGGCUCCUGUGUGGGUGACCGGGAGCUCUCACCAUGGCAAUAAAUGCCCUUCCCCAGCCAGUGACGUGUUUCCUUGUGAAGAUGCAGAAGGGGCACAUCCCUCCUCCUUGCUGCAGCCAAGGAGCCCUUCUUCCUCCUGGCUCAGAUGCCUUGUCCCGUGGGAGCCAAUGGCCGGGUGGCCCCACGCAUUAGCCUGACUUGUCAUCUCAUUAUCCACCCUCCUGCUAAUCCUGGCUGAGCGGGGCUCAGCUGCUGGCCAUGGCUGCACAAACACCGCUGCCCCUCAACCUCCGGCGGGGCUUGACGGCAUUCAGCAGCUCCCUUUUCAUCAAUAACAAGACAUGGGACAGUGGCGCUGCCCACAUCUACCGCCCAGGUACGCCCGGGGGGGCUCAGCAGAGCGGGGAUGGAGGCUUUUGCUGCUGCUUCAGCACUGCAGGCACUCAGCUUGACAAUGCUGCUGGCAGCAAAGGGUCCCAGUGCCCAACCAGCAACGAGUUGGAGCAAACUCAGGGCAUUUGCUGCAAGCAGUGGCUUUUGCCCCCAUGCUGCGAGGCAGGGGCUCCCCACAGGAAGCAAGGCUGGGGGUGGUGGUGGUGCUGGGGGCCUUGCCCAGCCCUGCCCAGCCCUGCCUUGCCCUACCUAGCCCACGAGGUGCUGGCCAGCCUCCCCCUCCAGAUGAUGCUCUACUUCAACGCCUGCUACUUCCCCUUCUGGUGCCUGGGCGAGGGGAUGAUGCUGCAGCUGAAGUACAGCCUGCUGCCUCGCUACUACCAGCUCCUCCUGCUCGCUGCCUUCCUCAUCCUCACGCUGACUGAAGGUGCCCGGCUCUACCUGGGCUACAUCGGGAACCUGCAGGAGAAGGUAAGGUUGCCAAGUCCUAUGAGGUCCUGGAAAGGUAAUCCUGGGGCAGUGUUCCCCCCAGAGGGGGGGACCCACCCCAUCAAGGGCAUCCACAUUCCCCCUCAGCAGCCUCUGCCCAAACAGGUGCCUGAGCUUGCUGGGUUCCUCCUUCUAUCCUUCCUGAUCCAGCUCCCCCUCCUGCUGUUCCUGCUAACGGAUGACCACAUCAUCCGGCUGCCGCUGGAGAUGGCUGUGCACAGCCUUUUCCUGGCCUUCCUCAUCUCUGAGGUCGUGGCUGCCUUCCUGGCGCUGAGGGUGAUGACCACACAGCUCGCGGCACAGUUCUACCUGCAGCAGUUCACGAGCGGCGGACGGGGCAGGAGCCUGACCAAGGGUGAUGAUAUGGGACCUGUCCCACCCUGGAGUCAGUUCCUCUGAGGGCAAGGAGCAUUAAACAGCACUCAUCCCCCC